AUGGCCUCAAGCGCCGCGACAGCUCACAGCGGCACCGGCGGGAUGCUGGAAGGCCAAGUGGCCCUCAUUACAGGUGCUGGUAAGGGUAUCGGCGAAGCUGCCGCUCGUCUGCUGGCGGCGCACGGCGCGGCGGUUGUGUGCGCUGACUUGGACGGUACGGCAGCCCAGAUGGUGGCGGGUGCCAUUCAGGAAGCGGGGGGCAGGGCGGUACCGCUGGCGGGCGAUGUUACGGCACCUGACUUCCCGGAGCGGGCGGUUUCGGAGGCGCUGAGAGCCUUUGGGGGUCUGCACAUACUGGUCAACAAUGCAGGGUACACGUGGGACGGCGUUAUCCACAAGAUUACCCCCGAGCAGUGGGCUGCCAUGCUCGAGGUACACUGUACGGCACCUUUCCGUAUGAUCCAAGCGGCGGCGGUCGCCAUGCGCGAUGCGGCCAAGAUGGAGCUGGAGCGGAGCGGCGUCGCGAAACCCAGGUGCAUCAUCAACAUCUCCUCGACCACUGGCACACACGGCAAUGCGGGCCAGGCCAACUACGCCACCGCCAAGGCGGGGGUCGUGGGGCUCACUAAGUCCGUUGCCAAGGAGUGGGGCCCCUUCAACGUGCGCUGCAACGCCAUUGCGUUCGGCCUCAUCGACACGAGGCUCACGAGGGCUAAGGAGGGUGGGGAAAGCAUCUUGGUCGGUGGCAAGGAGGUCAAGUUGGGCAUCCCCUCCGCCGACGGCUACUGGUCGGCAGUCAAGUCGCUCAUCCCGCUCCGGAGGGUGGGGUCAGCUGACGAGGCGGCGGGGGCCAUCCUAAUGCUGGCCUCGCCGUACAGCAGCUACGUCACUGGACAGGUGCUGGAGGUCAACGGAGGGUCGUUCAUGUAG